AUGCAUGGUCCUCAUCCCCAACCUCCACCCCCUGAAUGGAUUUUGGAGGAUUUCUUGAAGCACCAACCUGCCAAGUUCGAUGGCAAGACGAGUCCCGACCAGGCAGACCAGUGGAUGAAAGACAUGGAGCGCAUCUUCGAUGCCAAGAGAUGCCCCAAUGAGAGCAGGCUUGCUUUCAUAGUCUAUAUGCUCACAAGAGAGGCUGAGCAUUGGUGGGCUAGUAUGAGACUGGUUAUGGAAGAGAGGCAUGAAGAGGUCACCUGGAAAGCCUUCAAGAGGAAGUUCUUGUCAGAAUAUUUCCCUGAUAGCGUGAGGUACGCUAAAGAGGUGGAAUUCCUCCAGCUGGUACAGGGGGAUAAAUCUGUAGCUGAGUAUGCAGAGAGAUUCAAGCAUCUGGGACGCUUUUACACCAUGCCGCUGGAUGAGGAGUGGCGCUACAAAAAGUUUGAAAAUGGGCUACGUGGAGAUUUCAGGUUGAUGGUGGCACCACUUUCCAUCAAAGACUUUGCAGCUUUGGUGGAGAGAGCUCGUGUUAUGGAGCGAAUGAAGGCUGAGGUAGAGGCUCAGCAGGUUCAGCAGCAGAAGGCCAGUGGAUCAUCUAGGUCCCGAUCUAGGGUGGAAGAGAGGAAGAAACCCUAUUUUAGGCCGCAACCUCAGGUGGCCAGGGGAUUCACCCCUCAGCAAUCAUCGGUGCCUAGAUGCUAUCAGUGCAACGAACCACAUCUGAGGAGUGCAUGCCCGCAGUUGGCAAGCACACGGAGAUGCCAUGGUUGUGGGAAGACGGGGCACUUGGUUAAGGAUUGCCCCUCCUCCAGGGGGACUGCAAUGAGAUCCCCGGUGCAGACUCCAGCUUAG